AGCGGGGCAGGGGCGGGGAGGGAAGGGGGCGGCCAGCCAACCUGUACGCCAACCGACAAGAACAAGAAAGCAAACGUCACUGUCAGCAGCGGUCGGUAAGGGAGCGGUGUCGGUCGAAAGGCCCCUUCCAAGUCGUCAAGCGGUCGCUGGUCGCGAGCGGGUUGUUCUACCUGCCAAGAUGGGUUGCCUUUCGUGUACCUGGACAUUUGUCAAAAUUUUCUUGCUGUGCGCCAUUAUCACAUUCCUCCCUGGCCUUCCACCCCAUGCCGAAUUCAAAGAAUACUCUGUUGUCAGGCCAAAGGCUUUGGAUGCUGAACUAUUGUUAAGAAGGCAUCUAGACAAAGCUGAGCGUAUAUUUGAUGGCCAGAUAACAGGUCCCGAAGCCUUUGCGGUGUACAAUGGCGCUGUUUACACUGGAAUUGACGGAGGUUUUGUUGUUCAAAUUGAUGAGGGAGAAAUUAAGCCCGUGGUGAAGUUUGGAGAAAAUUGUGAGGACAUUACCGAGGAGCACAUCUGUGGUCGUCCUCUUGGCCUGAAAUUUGAUGCCGCAGGAAACCUGUAUGUUGCUGAUGCUUACUAUGGAAUCUUCAAGUACAAUAUCCAAAAAGCUGAAAAAACACUGUUGGUAGGUGUUGAUGAAGAAAUUGAAGGGAAGAAAUCGAAGUUUAUAAAUGAUCUAGCUGUUGCUAAGGAUGGAACAGUGUAUUUCACAGUCACCACCACAACAUUCCCACUGUUUGAUGCUCUUUACGCUCUUCUCUCCCCUGGGGAUGGAAGAGUUGUCAAGUAUGAUCCUAGAAGUAAGAAAGCAACUGUUCUAGCUGAAGGCCUCUUGCUGCCCAAUGGCAUUGCUCUUUCUAAGAAUGAAGAUUUCCUUGUUUUUUCUGAAACUGCUGCUGCCCGAGUUAUGAGGUUGGAUUUGAAGGGAAACAACAAGGGCACAGUUAGCAUUUUGGCUGAAGGUCUCCCUGGGUUACCUGACAACAUCAGGUUUGAUGGACAGGAUGGAUUCUUCGUGGCUCUUGUCGCUUCUGCUGAUGAGUCUCACCCAGCUUUACCUGUGACAUUGGCGCCUUUCCCUAACAUCCGGAAAUUCUUGGCCCGUGUUCUUUACCUUCUUGAAAUGCCUUUUAUCCAAAUCCACAAAUUGUACCCCAAUUACUUCACUCGUCGUGCCAUUCACUCGAUUGGCCACUUUAGUGUAACUCAGCCUCUUCUUGGUGAUCAUGUCACCAUCUUGCACCUUGACUCUAAGGGGGAUAUCACUGAUGCACUUGUCGGUAGAGAUGGUUCUGUGAGCCACAUUAGUGAUAUGAUUGUGUCUGGCGAUUACAUUCUCCUUGGAUCACCUUACAAUAACUACAUUGGUCGGGUUCCCCGACCUAAUGCACCACACCAUGUCACCAUUAAAAAUGUUCGAUUUGAAUCGGCAGAAGAAGUUGAUGAGUCUGCUGCCAGGAAGGCUGCAGAAGAAGCUCAAGCUGUACGAGCCAGAGAAGAACAAGCCAGAAAGGCUGCUGAGGCAGCUUCUAAAGCAAAGAAGGCUGCAGAAGAAGCUGCAAACAGGAAGGCAGCUGAGGAAGCAGCAAGACUGAAGAAAGAAGCUGAAUCUGCAGCCCAAAAGGCAGCCCAAGAGGCUAAGGCUAAACUGGCUGCGGAGGAAGCCAAGAAGAGAGCGGCAGAAGAGGCACAAGCAAGGAAAUUAGCAGAAGAGGCACGAGCAAAGAAAGCAGCAGAAGAGGCUCGAGCCAAGAAAGCAGCAGAAGAAGCAAGAGCAAAGAAAAUAGCGGAAGAAUCAGCCAAGAAAGCAGCUGAAGAGGCAAGGUUAAAGAAUGCCGCAGAGGAUGCAGCGAAGAAAGCCGCUAAGGAAGCUAAAGCCAAAAAGGCAGCUGAAGAAUCCGCUAAGAGAGCAGCUGAGGAAGCCAAGGCAAAGAAAUUAGCCCAAGAAGCUCAGUUUGCUAAAGAAACUAAGGCUAGGAAAGCUGCUGGGGAAUUGUAACUGAAAAAGGCGACUAAAGAAUCAGCCAAGAAGAAGACGCCAGAAGAAGAAAAAGCAAUCAAGGCUGCUGGAAACUCAAAUAAAAAUUAGACUUAUCUAAUUUAUUACAAGUUUUUUAAAGUACAAUGGCACAUAAAGUUAUGCGUAUCAUUUAUCAAAAUUGUAUGAAAUUUUCCUUUUCCUGAAAGUGCAUUUGUGGUGCUAGUUGGUAUCUUAUGUCUCUGUUUGUUGUCUUUUUUGUAACUUUUGUAAUUUGAAAGUUAUUUGUAGCCAAGUGCCCUGUGCUCAGUUAGUUGGCUGUGACCUGCUUUAAAAUUUUGAUAAUUCCUCUCACAUUCCAAUAUGUUUUUAGGAUGUCUUGUUAUCUUGCUGUGCAAAUGCAGUACCCCGCCAUUAUCACUUACAUGCCUUAUGUGGGGGAAUGAUUUUUGAAGUGCAACAACUCAUUGCCGUUUUGUUUUGUGCCAAAAACUGAGUUGCUUCUGUAAGAUUCUACUCUAUGUGAGUUUUGUGCUAACGGACUUUCAACAUUCCACGAAUCUUUCCUGUACUUUUUUUGUAAAAUUUGAUCUGCAUGUAUACCUUUUAUAAUUUGCAUAUAGUUGUAGAUUUUUUUUUAAACCAUCAUUUUUGUGGGUAUUUUGCUCACAUCAAUGGAUCUGUGUUCUCAUUUGUAAUGUAAAUUCUAAUGUAUGUAUCCAGAUAUUCGUAGGGCAGCUCUCUUAGAGUCCUGAUGGUGAUGUUUGUGCAUAAUCAUGAAAUGUUUCUCUUUUAUUGAUCUGUUUUUUUCAUGCUAUGUGUCUCAUUUCACCAUUUAAUUUGGUUACUUCCCUUCUUAGACCUGUUUUUACAUGAUUUUGUAUCCCAUCUGAGACCCUUGUGUGUUGCCUCUGCAACGAAGGUAUCCAGACUGAUGAGUGAGUGGUUGUUUCGUUUUGUUUCCAACAGCGAUCUGUAUUUUAAAUCUGGUCAUUAUUUUCUCUGUAUGUUAAAUGGUUGUGGUAACUAUAGCCCUUUCACAGUUGUAGGGCUCUAGUAGUUACUUUUUAGUUGUAAGAUCUUUGUUCAACAAUGUAUCUGUAAGGUGCAGCAACUUAGUUGGUGUCAAUGUCAAAAUUUUUUUAAGAUAAAGGAUAUGUAUUAGUGGAUGUACUGGUAAUUUGUUUUCAGCUAUUAAAAGUAUAAUUGUGACCCUUUCAGAUGUUGUCUUUUACCUUUCUUACGUACAGACAAAAACAAAAUUGGAAUUGUAUCAAUGUAGUUUAUUCUCUAGAAGGAUUUCAGUGGUUUGUUGUUAAUGAUUUUGAAUCCUUUGAUUGUCAUACUUUCAUCGGCCUUGGUUUGCCCAGUGUUUGUAGAACUUGUUGUCCCUCCUCAAGAACAUCAUUUGCUGUGACCAGAGAUGCCAUUCUUUACUGCACACCUUGUUUGGAAGGUAAGCUUUCCUGUCAAUACUAAAUUUGGAAGUGGCCAAUUACGCAUGGUCGAUUUAUUGUGGAUGUGGGUCCAUUUCAAAUACAUGUUCAGCUCAUUGAUUUAUCUCAGAUAUUUAAAUGUACUAAUUGUUGUUCCAUUGAAAACUGUUGACGCGUUUUAAAUGUGGAAAGCUAAUCCUCCGUAUGAAUGUGCUUUUGUGAAAAUCACGUAGACAGAAGAUCACAACCACAAUAUUUAUUUCUAUGUACACAGUUUUAGAAGUAAAUGUCAUUCAAUGCUUCUGUACAGCAUAUUGCUACAGAUAUUGCUGUAUUAAAAUUUCUACCAUAUUUUUUA